UCCUCAAGAGUCUGUGCAGUCAGUCGCCCUGUUAGAUGUGCAGCAGAGAGAGUUGCUUACAGUUGACGAGGGCCAGAUUGUUGGUCACGGUGAAGUGACAGGGAAGGAUGUUAUGAGAUGUACGCUGUCAUCGUGUGACGAGCAUACGUUGAGUGAUGUCUAGGUAGAGCAGAGCAGUCACUGUCUCGGUCUGGUUGGCAUACAGUGUAUCGUCUCAUUUACCCUGAUUGUUGUGCACUGUAAAGGGAUACUAGGGGAGCUUCAAUUUUACCACAAAACUGAGGACUUUCAAGAUGAACGUUUACUGGAUACCCACAAUCCUCCUCUCCCUCUGCCUCUCCAGUGCUGCCAACAUGAUAAGCUCCCACAACUGUAAAGACAAGCUCAGAACGUUCCAUGUGGUCCGUGUGUCUGUCAACGGCACUGCAUCGGUCAGCUGCCCCAACCUGACAGGCAAGGACCAGGAGGAAAUGAGAUUCCACCUUUACUUGGGCUUGGUCGAGGUUGGCAACCACACUCACGACAGUGCUCACAACCACAACUCCACAGAGACCGUGAGUCCUGUUGGGGAGGGUCUGGGGCUGAGGGUGAACGAACAGGACCAUACGGUCAGUUUUGUCCUCUCUGGAAUGACCACGGAGCGCGCUGGGGUCUAUACCUGUGAGGGGCAACCCAUGUACCCACCUCCCAUUGAGAAAGUACAAGACGAGACUCAGACUGUGGUCCUGGUUGAAGCAUACCAGUGCCAAUCAGGAAAGACUGUGGGAUGUGUAGGCUCUAGAGUGGAUGGUGUCCCUGUUUGGGCAUGGGUGCUGGGGUUCUGGAUCACCAUCAUCUAUGGCCUGGCUGUCACUGUCAUCACCUUUGUCAUCUGGCUCAGACUGAGGAGAGUGAAGUGUUCCCAGAGCGACUACAUGAACAUCAAACCCAAAGCUCCACUCAGGGGGCCCAGGAAGAAGCAGGGGGUCCAGCAUCCAAUCCGAAUGGGACGAUACUGAUCAGUCAUCCUCAGACAAAAGCAACACGAGAGUCGAGCCUUCAUUGGCCCUUGAGGGCUGACUGGAGAAACAGACAAAGUUCUUUAUGUAGAUACAAAAGCUAGCUCUUCAAAUUAUGUGGUGUACAUCUAAUUGUUCAUCUGAUUGUGUGUAAAUAUAGAGAGUUAUCUUAGAAAUGUUAAUCAAAUAAUUAUAGUCUGAUGUAACAUGAUCUUCUGGGAAACUAUUGAGAAUGUAGUUUUGAAGUUGUGGGCAGCAUACUAUAUAAGUAAAUAUCCCCAUGCAUACUGUAGAGAACGAGCACACGCCAACACACACAAUUUGGUUAUGCGUACAGUCACAGGGACAUCCUCUUUGAUUUGUAGUGGGUGUGUAGGAAGACCCUAGCUCUGUGGUGAAUAGAACCACAUUUUCACACUCUCUCUGAGAGCCACUGAUUGUCAUGUACAGUAUAUGUACAGUGCCUUGCGAAAGUAUUCGGCCCCCUUGAACUUUGCGACCUUGUGCCACAUUUCAGGCUUCAAACAUAAAGAUAUAAAACUGUAUUUUUUUGUGAAGA